AUGUCAGGACAACUAAAACGCUUUGAUGCAUAUGCUAAAACACUUGAAGAUUUUCGUAUACGUACAACAAGUGGUGGAUUUAUGACAAUAAUUAGUUCAAUUAUUAUAUUUAUAUUAAUAUUUCUUGAAUUAAAAUAUUUUUUAACAACAGAUGUUGUGCAAGUUUUAUUUGUUGAUACAAGUCGACAAGAAAAAAUGAAUAUAACAAUUGAUAUUAAAUUUCCUGUUUUACCAUGUAGUUAUUUAACUGUUGAUGCUAUGGAUGUAUCAGGUGAUUCACAAACAGAUGUAACACAUAAUUUAUAUAAAACAAGAUUAGAUUUAAAUGGAAAUAUUAUGGAAAAUGAUAUUGUUAAAGUAUCAUUAAAACCAUUACCUAAAUUAAAUAAUACAAAAUUAAAUGAUAAUGAUAAUAAAGAAACAACAACAAUUUCUGCAUGUGAAUCUUGUUAUGGUGCUGAAUCAUCUGUACAUGAAUGUUGUCCGACAUGUGAUGAUGUUAAAGCAGCAUAUAGAGUUAAAGGAUGGUCAUUUGAUGCAACUGGUAUUCAUCAAUGUGUUCGUGAAGGAAAAACAGUUGGUAUGAUUGAUUCAAAUAUUGAUGAUAGUUCAACACAACUUAAUGAAGGUUGCCGAUUACAUGGUUAUUUAGAAGUAAAUAAAGUAGCUGGAAAUUUUCAUAUUGCACCUGGUCAAUCAUUUGAACAACAUCAUAUACAUGUUCAUUCAUUACGAAAUAUGCGUUUAAAUAUGCUUAAUACAACACAUUAUAUUGAUGAAUUAACAUUCGGUCAACGUUUUCCAAAUCAAAUAAAUCCAUUAUCAAAUACAAAACAAAUAGUUAGUUUACAUGAUAAUGGUGCUGUACUUUAUCAUUAUUAUGUUAAAAUUGUACCAUCGGCAUAUGUUUUUUUAAAUCAAACACAAUUAAUAACAAAUCAAUAUUCAGUUACAAAACAUAAAAAAAUUAUUCGAAAUAUAUUUGAUUCAUCAGAUCAUCAAAUACCAGGAACAUUUUUUACUUAUGAAAUAAGUGCAAUUAUGGUUAAAUUUGUUGAAAAAAAACGUUCAUUAUCACAUUUUUUAACAUCUUUAUGUGCAAUAAUUAUUAGUAUGCGUUUUCGUCAAUGGAUUUCACCGACAUAUAAAAACCUAUAUGAUGUAUGUUUAAAUCAAGCACCAUUUUAUCAUAAUGAUCCCACAAAAGAAAUUCGACCUGAUCAUAAUUAUUGUCGACCAUGGAUAGAUGAUCCAACACUAUCAACUGCACUUCCACGAAUUCAAUUAUUUUUUAAUUCAACUUCAACAAAUGAUACAAUUAUUGAUAUUGAUGAUAAUCAAAAAUUGAAUAAUGAAAAUCAAAAAACAAUUAAUUGGACACCAACAAUUAAUACAAUUAUUCCAGAAAUAUUCGAAUGUUUACAACAAUCUGAUGAAAAACUUACUCAAGAACAAGAAACAUUUAUUCAAGAUAUUCGUGAAUUAAUUAAUGAAACACAUAUUGUUUCAUUAUGUUGUGAAUCAAAUAAUUGUAAUGUUGUCUAUUGGCGUUUAUCAAUACAUCAUAUUGUUGCAAAACUUUAUUCAAUUCUUAGUCUUCAUUCAAAUUAUAAAAAUUUACUUGCUUGGCUUCAUGAAUAUGUAUGUAAAACAUUUGAUAGAAUAUCAAUCGGUCAUUAUGUAGAUAUAUUUCAAAUACUUUAUGAUGAGUAUCCUAAUAUUCGUUCAUUAUUUAUUGGAAAAACUAAAUCAUAUUCAACAACAACAGAUCUUUGUUCAUAUGUUUAUAAUAAAUUACUUCAAAAACCAAAUGACCUUACUGAAGAAGUUAUUUAUAGUCUAAAUUUGUCUUCAUUACCGAUGCCAAUUGUUUGUCUUUUAAUACCUGGUUUAAUAUAUGAAAGUCAUAUGGAACGUAUUCAAUUUUGGCAAAGAAAUCUUUCUCAAGUAGCAAUUGUUAUGCUUUCGACAUCUAUUGAAAAAGAUAAUAAAUCGGAAGAAUUACAAAUUCAAACAGCUUAUGAAGAUAUUAUUACGAAAUUUAAUGAAAUUCGUCAACUCUAUCCAAAUCAUCAUAUAAUGUUUCUUGGUUGGAAUGUCGGUUGUAUUCUUGCACUUAAAGCUGCACUUGUUUGUUCUGUUUCAUCUGUCAUUUGUAUGUCUCCACCAUUCGACGCUUUAUCUGAAGAAACAAAAAAUGAUUUUACUCAAAUAAAUGCAUCUAUUUUAUUUAUAACCGGUGAAAAACAAUAUACAAAUCAAAUCGAUCAUUAUCGUCAACGACUUAAAUCUCGUAAUGGUUUAAUUGAAUUAGGUCAAUGUGAUGAUAAAUUAUAUAUGUCGGAAAAUGGAAAAUAUUGUUUUCGUUUAACACAACAAUUAAUUGAUAAAUUAAUCAUGGAAGAAAUUCUUGAUUUUAUUAUAAUAAUAUCACCAAGAUCAAAUCGAACACCAUUUGAAGAAGUUGACGAUGAAAAUAAAAAGAAAAAAACUGAACAUAUUCCUUCUACUACAUUAUCAUACAUAGAAGAUUCAGAAGAACCUUUUCUUUAUACGGGUUUAAAUUCUAAUGAUAAUACAUCAACAACUUUAACAAUUCCACCUGAACAAGAUCCAAAUUCAAUUUUUUUGAAUACUAUUCUUCCAUCAUCAACAUCAACACGAAAACGUAAAGGUUCAACUUUAAUAAAUUUAUUGGAAAAUGAUCGUAAAAAAACAACUGAUUCAUUAAAUUCAACUAGUACAACAAAACGAGGACGUCAUCGAACAAAAAAUUUACCACCAACCGAUGAUAUGGAAUGGGCACCUGAUAAAGAUAAACGUCCUAUUAAAUCAACUAAUAAAAAACAAAAUAAACAAACAAUGCCACCAACAUCAACAACAAGUAUACUUAAUACAUUAUUACAAUUACCAUCAAAUCAACCAAAACAACGAACAAAUGAAAUAAAUCUAAUAAAAACUAUUCAUCAACCACCGUCAUUUGUAAAUACUGUACUUUCAUCAAAUCCUUUUCAUUAG